CGCGUUAAGAGUAAGGGUAUUUUGGUCAUUGAAAUAGUCAAAAAUCGUCUCCUCCUAAUAAGUAGCGUCGACCAGCUUUAGUUAAGGAGUGGCUUUCCCGUAAUAAUAUAAAGGACCAAGGGUAUUUUCGUAUCGAGGAGAAGGCCCCUCUUUUUUUAGCCCCUCUGCGGCUCGGCUCUCCUUCUGUCCGUCCUUGAAUUGCCCGUCCAUCAGCAGACGUCGCAGAGAGCGAGAGAGAGAGAGGAAUGAGGUGCAGGUUCCACCCGUUCGAGCCGGGCAGAGUGGGCGUGUGCGCGGCGUGCUUGAGGGAGCGGCUGGAGGCGGUGGUGGCGGAGAGGGAGCGGCUCGGAACGCCCUCGUCGGCGGAGCGCUGCUCCUCCGCCACAGACACUUCGUGCUCGGAGCAGCUCCCCUUCUCCUUCCCGAGAUCCGUUUCUCCCUACGUCUCCCGCCGCGACCGGGAAAGCCUCUUCUUCAGCACCCCGCAGCUCAACGCCUCCAGGACGACGAGCAAGAAGAAGCGUUCCAAGUACCGGAACCCCGAUCCCGCCCUCAAGAAGGAGAAGCGCUUCUCCUUCCUCUCCGCGAUCUUCGGCGGCCGGCCGGAGCGCGAGAAGCCGAGAGACGAUCCCCCCAGGGUCUCCUCCUCGUGGCUUUCCUUGAUCCUGCCCGUCCGGCACAAGAAAUCGCGCCUCUUCCCCGCCGGAGGUGGCCGCACUGCAUGCCGGCGGAGGGAUUGCGGGAUGUCUCCGGUGGCGAGGGAGGGAGACGGCGACGAAUCGGGCGACGACGCCGGCUACUUCAGCGACUCCGCUGGCGUGCGGCGGACGCCAGAGGCGAUCACGACGGCGGUGACCACGACGUUUCCAGGAGCGAGACGGCGUAUUCUGCAGCACAAUCCCUCGGGCUUCGCCUUCUGCCUCAGCCCGUUGAUGCGGCCGUGCCCGAAGGGCCGCCACCAGGAGUCCGCCGGCCGUGACCGUGCACCGUACUCCCCCGAAAUUAGGGUUUCCCUUCAAGGCAAGUACCUCUCCUGCAAUCGAUCCAGGAAGCUCUCAGAUUUCGGAAAAUUCCCCUAAUCCCUCUGUUCUCCUCCUCCUUGAUUUCUCAUUUUUUUUUUCCACGAAAAAUCCCUCCGUGGAUUUUCUUCUCACGGUGUAUGUACAAAAGAUUGACAAAAAAGUUUCGGAGAAAAAGAACACCCAUUCACGCCGAUGAAUCCGGAUGAA